UCUCUCUCUCUCUUUCUGUCUUUCAUCUCUUCAUUUCAGAUGCAGUUCAUGCUUCUGUUUAGUCGACAAGGCAAGCUCAGGCUUCAGAAAUGGUACGUGCCUCUGUCUGAUAGGGAGAAAAAGAAGAUCACCAGAGAGCUGGUGCAGACGGUCCUGGCUCGAAAGCCCAAAAUGUGCAGCUUUCUGGAGUGGAGAGACCUCAAGAUUGUAUAUAAGAGAUACGCCAGCCUGUACUUCUGCUGCGCCAUCGAGGACCAGGACAACGAGCUGAUCACACUGGAGAUCAUCCACAGAUACGUGGAGCUGCUGGACAAAUACUUUGGCAGUGUUUGUGAGCUGGACAUUAUUUUCAACUUUGAGAAGGCCUACUUCAUUCUGGAUGAGUUCUUGCUGGGGGGGGAAGCUCAGGAGACGUCCAAAAAGAAUGUGUUGAAGGCCAUAGAGCAGGCGGACCUGCUACAGGAGAGCCAGAAUGAAGACUGGGGAAGUUUGCCAAAUGAGGAGCUCUUGUAAUGGGCCUAGAACCCAUCCGUGCCUCCAUCCAGGCCAUUUGGUAACUACUAGACUGGUGCAGUCAGUCAGUCAGCAUGGGUUUCCAGUUGUGCGUGGUGUGGACUACCUCUGCAUGUUCUUCUGUCAGUAUUGACUGUGUCUCAUAACUCUGAGUGAAAAACAUGACACAGCGUAACAACAGGCAUGAACUCACGCUGGAAUGGUUAGAACACGUCCGUAUACAGUUUCACUAACAGGCAGCAUAAUCUCACACUUUGCAAUUUGCAUAUUGUACAUUAUUGUAGUAGAUGAUUUUUUUUGAAUUUCCAUUUACAUGGAUGCAGCUUGUUUCGUUUUUAAGAAGUCACUCUGUUAAAAAUACAUUUCCAACUUGAAUCAGUACUACUUCCACAGAUAUGCUGCCUGUGUGAAGCCCAGCCUGUAGUUUUACUAACAGCACUGAAUGGAAAUGCUCAGAUGAAUGAUUCUGUAUGUCUUUAUUUGAAAUGGUAGAAAAGGAAUAACAAUAACUCUUAACAUGUUACAUGUGGAAGUAUUUUACAUGAACUAAUAUUCAUUCCGCAGGUUUGUGUACAUGGUGUUAUUUGACUUUAAAAUGACCACUUUGUCCGUCCAUUACGCAAACAUCUUAUACACCACUUGUGGAAAAUCUGACCAAACAUUAGGAAAUUCUGCAACUCACCAUUGCACCCUGGUGUUUUAAAAAUUCACAUAAUUAGACAGACUAUACAAGCAACACAAAAACA